AUUACCCGAAAAAAAAAAAAAAAAAAAACUCUCGUGUGUUAGCUUGUUUCUCCUUUUUUUUGAACCUAACCUAACCUACCUAAACCUCCCCAGUAGUAAUCUUAUUGAUCAUGAUUUGAUGAUAUUGAGCAUUUGAAUUUGACUGUGUCAGUGGAUUAUAAUAAUAGAUGGGAUCUUGCUACUCUAAACCAGGGAAGGGUAACACUGAUAGUGAUAAAGCAGUAACACAGACUGAAACGCAGCGUCAAGGUUCUUCUUCAAGGUCUGGGAGGUGGAAAAAGAGCAAAGACGCUUUUCUUCUCAAGAAAAAAUCAGCUCAAGAUGCCGAGCUUCAUCAGAUUUCUGGUAGGAUCUUCACAAAUGCUGCAACUAAAAUCGCCUGCUUGUAUACCCAACAGGGCAAGAAAGGAACCAAUCAAGACGCCAUGCUUGUUUGGGAGAAUUUCAGUUCAAGUGAUACAAUAUUUUGUGGGGUAUUUGAUGGUCACGGUCCCUAUGGUCAUAUGGUUGCAAAGAAAGUACGGGAUUCUCUUCCUCUUAUACUAUGUUCUCAGUGGAAAGCUAGUUCUAGUGGUGACCAGGAUAGCCUCAGGAAUGGUAAUGGAAGCAUGAAUGCGGAGGAAAGUGCAUCACCAAGCAUGGAUGAUGAAUGGUUUGAGUCAUUGGAUGCUAAGGAUGAUAAGCUCCCUGAGAUGUAUCUGCCUCUUAAGAAGUCUAUAUUAAAAUCUUUCAAGUUAAUGGACAAGGAACUAAAGCUGCACCCAACAAUUGAUUGUUUCUGCAGCGGGACAACAGCUGUGACCCUGGUGAAGCAGGGUCAGGAUCUUAUAAUUGGAAAUGUUGGGGACUCAAGAGCAGUGCUAGCAAUGAGAGAUGAAGACAACUCUUUGAUUGCUGUACAAUUGACUGUGGACUUGAAGCCUGAUCUGCCAAGGGAGGCUGCUAGAAUCCAGCAAUGCAAAGGAAGGGUCUUUUCAUUGCAAGACGAACCAGAGGUUGCCCGUGUAUGGUUACCUAAUAAUGACUCCCCUGGUUUGGCAAUGGCUAGAGCUUUUGGAGACUUCUGUUUGAAGGAUUUUGGUCUAAUUUCUGUACCAGAUAUUUACUAUCGUCAUCUUACUGAAAGAGAUGAAUUCAUUAUUCUUGCCACUGAUGGGGUUUGGGAUGUCCUUUCCAAUAAGGAAGCUGUAGAGGUUGUGGCUUCAGCCCCUAGUCGUGCUACAGCAGCAAGAGCUCUUGUGGACUGUGCUGUUCGGUCAUGGAGGCUUAAGUAUCCUACCUCCAAGAAUGAUGAUUGCGCUGUUGUAUGCUUAUUUCUAGAACAUUUAUCAACAGUCAAUGGAUCUGUGGACGAUUACAGUCCAACAAAGACUCCUGAUGUCUCAGUACAAUCGGUGGCAGUCACUGAUGAGAAAAAUAGGGCUGUAGAAAUCAAUGACAAUUCUCAUGCUCCAGUCGUUGAGAAUUUGAAAAUUUUACAAGACUGUGAUGAGAUUGUGCCUAUAUCUGAGUCAGCAGAAAAAAAUUCUGAGAAGAGCCAGGGCCAAUCGAAGAGGAGCCUAGCAGAAUGCAUCUCUGUUGCAGAGGAUGAGGAAUGGUCAGCUUUAGAAGGUAUUACCAGGGUUAAUAGUCUGUUAAGCAUUCCCAGGUUCUUAUCCAGUGACAAGAGAUCAGCGAGUUGGAGAAACUGGUUGUGAAAUGCCUAAUCUUGUCCGCUUGUUUUUACUCACAACAAAGUGGAGCUUCAGUGACUGGCGUGUCAUGAUCUUAUCAUGCAGUCAGAAGUAUUAGAAUGAAAAGAAUACUGGCAUACACUGAUGGGGAGACGUCUGUAGGUCUGCUGUUUCCAAAUGUAGAUUACUGGCACCAUACAAAUAUAUCAGUGAGCCUUCCUUGGUCAAGGCUAGAAAUUAACUUAAUGGGUUCCCUGCUGAAAAUGUUGCCAGGCAGAUUUUGUGGCUGUUACUACUCUUUGGAGUGCGUUUUGUGGAAGAUACAUGAUGUCUGGUGAAGAUUGAGCUUUCGCUUUUAAACUUUUGUGUUUGAAAUUUGUCUGAUGAACAUUUAGCCGCAAUACUCACAGAAGAAGACAUGCUUUCUUGUGUUUUUUGUUUAUCUAUUUAUAAUGCUAUAUAUAUAGGAAGGUUGUCUGCAAAUAUCCCAUACCUGAUUCAAUGCUCUUCUGCAAUAAAAUCAUUCUUUCCAUGUGUGAGGACA